GAAAAUAAAUCUUAAUGUUAGAAGAUUCUAUAUUGGAAUGACAAGGAGAAUGUUUUAUGUUUUAAAUUCUACAGGUUUUCCUCAAAAUCCAAAUGUGCAAGAGUAUGAAGACGUUGGCAACAGAUCUCAAGCAAUGAAGCCACAUCCAAUGACUAGAUUAACAGCAUUGCUUAAAACUGAGGAGGAGGUUUUAGCGCUGCAUUCUCGCUUGAAAUUUUCUACAUAUGAUAAAGAAUUGUCAUUAUUCAUAAUAAGGAAUAGAGACAGAAGUGACACAACUAUUAAACCAUUUCUUGAAAUGAUAAUAAAUACAAAACAUAAAACUAGUGAUGUUCAUGAACGGAGUUGUGAAGUUUUGAAAUAUCGUGGAGAUGUCUGUCUAUGGAAAGAACUGAAUGAUUUGAAAAUACCUAAAUUUCCUCUUAGUGGACACAUUUUGAUGGAGAGAGGCUACGCAGCUGGUCCAGAGUUGAGAAAAGUAAUGCAAACAUUAAAGACUGUGUGGUUAGAAAGUAAUUUUAAAAUGACUAAAGAAGAACUUCUUGACUAUUUAGAUAAAAAUCAACAAGAUGAAUGAAUUAUAAUUGUAUAAAAGAAGUAUUCAAUAAUAAAAUUAUAAAAAAUGUA